UUUUCUAAACAAACACUGUAUAUUCUUCAAUUUUUUGAAGUGAACAUUGUAUGUUUUUGAAAGUUGAUAGAUCAUACAAACAUAAAAUACAUUAACAUCUAAUCUAUUAAAAUUGAAAUAUAAGAUAUAAUAAACCUUUACUUCACUUUUAAUUUUACAAGUAUAUGCAUUGGUCCAAACCGUGAUUAACAAGAUUACCAAACCAUCUCAAUUCAAUAGAUUUAUUUAACCAAUCAUCACCUUUUAUCUUAACCAAUUGUAACUAUUUAAAAUUUGGAAACAUACCACAAAUCCAAUAUAUCCUUAUUGAUGUAGAUAAAUUCAAUGUAUGGCAACCUAAACCAUAAAAUAACUAUAUUUCAAUCAACUAAAAUUAAACACAAAUCGAGAAAAUUCAGUUGAUCACCAAAAGAUAACGGCCCAGAACGGAAAUGAUCGGGUUCGGCGCUGCAUAGUUCUUGGCAAAGCUCUCAACCGCAUUGCCAAAGACUUGUACAACAUGACAAGGGCGAAUGUAGCCGUGUUUUCACGCUCUGAUCAGGGAAGAGAGUACCAAUACUCCUCUCCUGUAGCUGGGUAAGCAUAUGUUUUGUUAGAUUCUGAUUGGGGAAAAAACCCAUGCUUUUUUGAUCAAAAGGUUCUUGCGGUUGCAGUGGUUUAGACGCCGUCAUGGAUCGAGUAGGGUACACUCCCACCAUGGAGUUUGACCUCGUCAGGAAGCUUCGUCGGGAUAGCGAUGCUUUAGCUUUGGAUCUUGGGGAAGAAGCAUGGAUGAGCUUGCUGGUCUGGAAAAUCAGCUGAUGUUAGCUAUGGAGAGUAUUCAGGCUGCAGAGGCUAACCUGGGAUAGAGAGAAAGAAAGAUCUCAAGGUAUCUAACACUCUAUGUGAAUAAAUGAUGAACAAAAAUCGUUCCUUUUAGGUUGAAACUGCAAGAUUAUCUUUUUUUGGUUAUGUUUGUAUGUCUUUCUGAGCAUCAAACAUGUUUUGAUCUGCAACUUUUUAUGAUAACAAGUAUAUUUAUCAUCUAAUCUAUUAAAAUUGAAGUAUAAAAUAUAAUAAAUUUUUAUUUCACUUUUAAUAUUACAAGUAUAUCCAUUGUUCCAAACCGUGAUUAACAAGAUUACCAAACCAUCUCAAUUCAAUUAACUUAUUUAACCAAUCAUCACCUUUUACCUUAACCAAUCGUAACUAUUUAAAAUUUGGAAACAUACCACAAAUCCAAUAUAUCCUCAUUGUUGUAGAUAAAUUUAAUGUAUGACAAUCUAAACCAAAACAUUAUCAUAUUUCAGUCAACUAAAAUUAAACACAAAUAGAGAAAAUCUAAUUGACCACCAAAAAAUAACGGUCCAAUUAAAAAUUGGCUCUGUGAUUCGUUGAAUAUAGUAUCUGAAUAUCAUGCACUUGCCUCUUAUAUUAGUCAACAAAUACGACUAUCGAUGUUUAAACUAUUUUAUUCUAUUUAUUUAAUUCAUGUUUAUGCUAUUUUUAUUCAUGCCGGAAUGCAAAACUAAUAUGAACUAAACUAGUGCAUAACAUAUCAUUAUAAAUGGACGAAAUAAAUAACAUGUAACAGAACAAAUCCAGUUCACACCACCAAAGAGAAGACACAAAAAGAGAUAACAUUUUCUAACCGUCACUAGCGACCAAUAGAGCUACAAGCUGGUUGUUUCUUUCCUUGAUUCAUUUUCUAGUUUCUACCACAAGCCUCAUGUAAAAGCAUCAUUCCAUACAAUUAAAGUCAUAAUGUAUCGUUUUUAUUACUAAAACAUAGGUAAAAUGUUAAAUAACAAAAAAAUAAAAUCUUCCACAUGGUGUCAUUUGAAACGCAAGUGUGGUUAUUGACCGUUAGUGGGAUAAACAAAUAAGACCAUGCGCAUCGGGGUAUUUAGUGAGGUUCACGGGCUCGAGUUCUAAGGCCCGGGUGAUUAAAAUGAAAUAUAAAAUGGGUUUGUUUCGAUGAAGCGGGCCUUGCGCUUGAUCCGGUAUCAAGCGGUUUUAGCCACGUGUCAGUUGUUUACUUGAUGAAAGAUUUCGCGUAGAGGGGGAGGAAAGAAGGGUUUCCCCGUGUCUCUCCUCAUUUUCUCUUCUCGGAAAAAAAACUAGGGUUUGUGUGUGAGAGGCGAUUUUACGAGCGACGCCGAGUCUCUGAGUUGUUUGUGUGUGAAUCGACGACAGACUGUCUUCUCGACGACCUGAGAUGGAUCCCGCAGCAGAGAGAAGUCAUUCAAAGAAGCAAAAGGACUACGUCAACAUGCUAUCAUACACUUGCGAUUCUGAAUAUGGCAUUCCGAGAAGGUGUGCCUGUGGUGGGAGAAUCAUAGACGAGGUUCGAGUGAAGCAGGAGUACGAUACUCAACCCGGGAAGCGGUUCUUCACCUGUGCCAACUACGAGGCUGAUGGGUUUCACUACCGUCAGCCUUGGGUGAUUGGUGUCCAGGAGCAGAUCGAAAGCUUGACUAAGCGUCUGGAGGAGGCUGAGCAGCUGUUGAAUUUGAUUCCGAGUCUCAAAAACCAGAUUGAGACACUGGAGGCACAGGCUAGCGGGCUCACUCGGCAGGUUGAUCGCCUAACUGCGGAGGUUUAUAACUUGACGGUGCAAGUAGCUGACCUGGAGAAGCUCUGCUUCGAGUAACAAGCGAAGGUCACGGGUUGGAAGGGCAGGGUGUUGCAGGUCACGGGUCUGAAGGUUGCAGGUGAGGGUCAAGGAUGUAGGACUUUAUGUCAGUUUUUAAUCACGGAUGUAAAAUAGGAUGUACUAUGUGUAGGACUUGUCUUUUGCUGUUGAUUCGCUGAUGUAAAAUAUGUUGAUUCACGGAUGUUUUAAACUCUGCCUUCUCUAUAUAAACUAUGUCUUUCAGUUUGGUUUAAAAAUGUGUCUCAUUUCUCUUCUCCAUGUGUGUCUUUUAUUCUUACAACUGAGCAAAGCACACAAAGAAUCUGUCUCAUUUCUCUUCUCCAGUCUCUUCUCUACUCUAGUCACUUCUCUUCUCUUGUCUCUCACUUCUCUUCUCCAGUCUCUUCUCUACUCUAGUCUCUUCUCUUCUCUUGUCUCUCUAUUCUCUUCUCAUCGCAACAAACUGUGAGGUAAAGGGAAGUGAACGUGGUGAUCGUGGUGCUCAACCACUACUAGAGUAAGAGAAUUCAACAACAAACAACAGCUCCAAAUCAAGGUAAGUGUGAUAAUGCAACAAGAAUGUAGAUUAUAAAAAAAAUCUAAUAUAAUGUGAAAAAGAAUGUAGAUUAUGAAAAUGAUGAUAUAAUAAUGAAAAAAAUAUAGCUUAUGCAAAAUAUGAUAGAGUAAUGAAAUAAAAAUAGAAUUUAAAAAAAAAUCUAAUAUAAUGUGAAAAAGAAUGUAGAUUAUGAAAAUGAUGAUAGUUACAAAUCCCCUUUUGCCAUUUUUGUCAUUUUAGGAUAAAAAACAAAAAUGUCUUCCUCAUCAAGUGAUGAAGUUGAUGAAGCUUUAGAAGAAAUGGUUGACCAAGUAGUUGAUAAUUUCAUCGACUCAGUGAUUCAUGCUCACCCCAACAAGCACAAAAGACGGGCUUAUAUCGAAAGAGAUCGGGAACAAGGACACAAUCGGCUAUGGAACGAUUAUUUCAAGGAAAAUCCUACAUAUCCACCGGAAAUGUUUAGGAGGCGUUUUCGAAUGAACAAGCCUUUGUUCCUCCACAUUGUCGAACGUGUAAGUAAUGAAGUUCCAUACUUUCAGCAAAGACGGGAUGCUUGCGGAAGGAAUGGGCUAUCUGCACUUCAAAAGUGUACCGCAGCUAUACGUAUGCUGGCAUAUGGUCAAUCGGGAGAUACAUAUGACGAAUAUCUCCGACUUGGUGACAGUACAUCACGUUUGUGUUUGGCAAAUUUCACUGAUGCAAUAAUAGAAUUGUUUGGAAAUGAGUAUCUACGAAAACCUACAGCCGAGGAUCUUCAACGCUUACUCGAUGUUGGAGAGGUACGGGGGUUUCCGGGGAUGAUAGGCAGCAUCGACUGCAUGCAUUGGGAGUGGAAAAACUGUCCAACGGCUUGGAAAGGUCAGUUCACACGGGGUUCAGGAAAGCCGACAAUUGUCUUAGAAGCCGUGGCAUCACAAGAUCUUUGGAUAUGGCACGCAUUUUUCGGCUUACCAGGUACACUCAACGAUAUCAAUGUUCUCGAUCGGUCACCGGUUUUUGAUGACAUCUUACAUGGUCGAGCACCUAAAGUUAAGUUCAAGGUCAACAACCACACUUAUCGUAUGGCCUACUAUCUUACUGACGGAAUUUAUCCAAACUGGUCAACAUUUAUCCAAUCCAUCCCACUUCCUCAAGGUCCUAAAGCCGAGAAAUUUGCACAAAAGCAAGAAUCCGCCAGAAAAGAUGUCGAACGGGCUUUUGGAGUAUUGCAGUCGAGGUUUGCAAUUGUUAAAAACCCAGCUCUACAAUGGGACAAGGAAAAGAUAGGAAAGAUAAUGAGAACUUGUGUCAUAUUGCACAAUAUGAUUGUAGAGAACGAACGACACGGAUACGCUCAAAUAAAUACUUCUGAGUUCGAAUCAGGAGAGUCAAGCAGAAGUUCAAAGGUGACAACCAGAGAAAGUAUUCAUGCCGGUGAUAUGUUAGCCAUGCGCAGAGAAGUCCGAGAUCAAGAGAAGCAUGCUCGUUUGAAAGCUGAUUUAAUGGAAAAUAUUUGGCAAAAGUUUGGUGAUGAAGAUGAAUAAACUUUGUUUGUUUUUCUAUUUCUCAAUUUAUGUAAUCUAAUCUUUUAAUGUAUUGAAUAAAUAGUUUUCAAAAAUUUAAUAAUAUUUUAAAUAUUUUAUUCUUGUUUUCUGGAUAAUUUGAAUAUUAAAAAAAUAUAUAUAUAUUAUUAUUUUAUUGUUAUGAACUCAUACUUCAGGUUCAUCAAUGCAGAAAAAAACAAUUACAGGUUCAUAACUAUUCAUGGACCCACAAAAAAAUAUUAAAAUAAACUUGUGAACCCCAAAGAGGGGUUCACCAAUGCUCAUGCUCUAAGAUUCUACUAGUUUUUCAAGGUUUACUAUAAUUUUGUUAUAGUAAAAAAAAAAACUAUAAUUUUAGAAAACGUAGUAGUCAACCAUUCUG